UCGGGGCACCGCUCCUACUACCUGUGCGGGGCCGGCGCGCUGCUGCAGCACGCGCUUGUGCGCUUCGCUAUGGACAAGCUGCUGCCCAAGGGCUUCCUGCCCAUGACUGUCCCCGACCUGCUGCGAGGCGCCGUUUUUGAGGGCUGUGGCAUGCAGCCCAAUGCCAUCCCCUCGCCCGUCUACAACAUUGAUCCCUCCCGCUUUGAGGACCUCUGCCUGGCUGGUACCUCUGAGGUGGGGAUCGCAGGGUACUUCAUGGACCAUGCUGUGCGGCUGGAGGACUUGCCCAUCAGGGUCGUCUGCUCCAGCACCUGCUACCGGACUGAGACCGACACAGGCCGGGAGCCGUGGGGGCUCUACCGUGUCCACCAGUUCACCAAGGUGGAGAUGUUUGGGGUGACGGCGGCAGAGAGCGGGGAUGAGAGCGAGGCGCUGCUGGCUGAAUUCCUGGGUCUGCAGAAGGAAAUCUUCUCCGAGCUGGGAUUACAUUACCGCGUCCUCGACAUGCCUACGCAGGAGCUGGGGCUCCCUGCCUACCGCAAGUUCGAUAUCGAAGCCUGGAUGCCUGGACGGGGCAAAUAUGGGGAGAUCUCCAGCACCUCCAACUGCACCGACUACCAGAGCCGGCGCCUGAACAUCAUGUACAGCGACGGGGCCGGGCAGUUACGGCACGCACACACGUGCCCCAGAUGUGGGUAA